AUGAGACACGUGGAACACCGCAUCGACAACGAAGAUGCCACACCCAUCCGCCUAUCACCACGGCGCAUCCCGAUUCAGUAUCAACACCAGUUCAAUCAGAUGGCUGGUGACAUGCUGAACAAACUUUCCGCGCCACCGUGGACUUCGCCAGUAGUUUUGGUAAAGAAACCCGAUGAUUCUUUACGGUUGUGCGUUGACUAUCAAUUGUCCAAAAAGGCCAAGUAA